AUGAAUAUCAAAUAUAUUAUUUUAGGUUUAUUAUUAUUUGUUGUUGCUUCAGCCACUGCAAAAUAUACCUGUGAAUGUAAUUUCUCACAUGGUGAAACUCGUUUAAUUGCUGUAAAAGAUAAAUCUCAUUGUAUGGAAAGAUGUAAUUCCAUUAUUCAAGAAGUUUAUACUAUUCCAUGUGAUUUACAAACUUGCACUUGUAAAUGUACAAAUGGAACUAUUUUCGGUUGUCAACCAACUCCAACAACAACAUCAACUACCUCAGCUUCAACAACAACUGGUAAAGCCUCAUCAUCUGGUCCAUCAACAACCGGUAGAGCUUCAUCAUCAGGUCCAUCAACAACUGGUAGAGCUUCAUCAUCAGGUCCAUCAACAACUGGUAGAGCUUCAUCAUCUGGUCCAUCAUCAACUGGUAAAGCUUCAUCUUCAGGUCCAUCAUCAACUGGUAAAGCUUCAUCAUCUGGUCCAUCAUCAACUGGUAAAACUUCAUCUUCAAGCACCCAAACUUCAGGUUCCCAAACCUCAGGUUCACAAACAUCAGGUUCACAAACAUCGGGUUCACAAUCAGGACAACAAACAGGUUCGCAAUCAGGUUCACAAUCAGGACAACAAACAAGUUCACAAUCAGGUUCACAAUCAGGACAACAAUCAGGUUCACAAUCAGGUACCCAAACCUCAGGUCAAACCUCAGGUCAAACUGGUGCCCAAACUGGUCAAUCAACUGCUUCAAGUGGUAGCAGUGGAAGUAGUGGAAGCAGUGGAAGUAGUGGAAGUAGCGGUGGUAGUUCUGGAAGUGGUGGCAGUUCUGGAAGUGGUGGUGGUAGCGGUUCAGGUAGUGGCAUGGCAGUUAAAGUUGAUAAAUGCUAUGGUACUUACUGUCCAUGUAACAAAGAACUUUUAAGUGUUAGAGUAUUAUAA